GGACGUUGAGAGAGGAAAAGAGGUGCACAGGCACAGCACAAGCCAAGAUGCCGAAGAAGAUGGGAGUGAAUAGCAAAGCGGAAGAGGCUAGGGCACGAAAGAACGCUACGGAGGCGGAGCGCAAGGAGCGAGAAGUCCGAGAGAAGGAAGAUCAGUACUGGAGAGAGGCUGAGGGCAACAGGUCUCGUGCUGCCAAGAAACGAGAGGAGGAGACCGAGAAGCGCGCCGAGGCCGCUGCCCGCAAGGCCGAGGCACGACGCCUUGCGGAGAUUGAGGAGAAAGAACUGGAGAAAGCCGGCAAGAAGCCCGACAAGAAGGCCAGUCGCGUGUCCAUCCCGGUCCCCAAGGUCACCGAGGCCGAGCUCCAGCGUCGCCGCGAGCAGGAGAGACUUCAGAUCCUUCAGCGUGCUGAGGAGGCCAAGAAGCACCAGAGUCGUACCGCCGACGAAGAGGAGUAUGAGCGCAUGGUCCUCGUUACCAACACCAACCGUGAUGAUUCCGUCAUCGAGGCUCACACCGUUGAGGAAGCUAUCGCUCGGAUUACCGUAACUGACAACCUUCCUGUUGAUCGCCAUCCCGAGAGGAGACUCAAGGCCACCUUUAAGGCCUUCGAAGAAGCUGAACUUCCUAAAUUAAAGGAAGAGAAACCAGGUCUCACUCACACCCAAUACAAGGACAUGAUAUGGAAGCUGUGGAAGAAAUCUCCAGACAAUCCUCUUAACCAGAUUACGGAGUGAUCUUUGUAGCAUCUCCAAUUGGAAUCAGCUUCCAAUUUAUACGUUGGUGUUUCUAUCUCAACAUACUACUACAUCUAUGUGUUGAAAGUGUUAGUAAUCUCCGAUAUACACACUACUGCAUCUAAGUGUUGAAAGUGUUAGUAAUCUCGGAUAUAUUCUAGAUUUUUGGAUCUACAGAGUGGGAAAUGUCUGACCCUUCCUGUUUGCCUGGAUCCAAGGAAGUCACUUUUGGUCCCGUGGUAGUUCUGUCACUUUCUUGAAAUAAUUUUACUACUUUACACCGAAUCUGUGCAGCCAAUAAUUGCUUUCAGUAGGGUUUACAUAUGGAGUAAAAGGAUAGCAUGAAAUUAGUGAUAGGGACUGUUACUCUUGGCUGAUUUUGUUUUGUAAGAUAACCAACUUUUAUCU